AAAUUGUGUUGUUAGGCCAAGUGUAACGGGCCUCACCCGCAAUUUGUUUAGAUGUUACCAUGGCAACCAUGUAGUUCGUGAGCUGCCGUUUUUCCAUGGUAAAAAGGUAAUAAUUUCUUUAGACAUUUUGAAUGUGGAGUUUGUUAGAUAUUGGCAAUAUGUUCUUAUGAUAAAUGUGAAGUUCUAUUUCUGCUGAGUUUUGUAAAUUGUAGUACUGUAUGAAAAAGAGAAAAAAUAAGCCAGUAUUUAUGUAUUUACAAAAGCUUGUGCUUAAAGGUUUAUUGUUGUAUUUUUUUUUUGUAGUUUUCACGGUGUUCCGUGGUUCUAAGUGGAAUAAAGAAACUGGACAUCAGUAUGAAUCGUGGAUUUUUGGAAACCAGUGCAGUUACAGUGAAAACGUGUCCCUAUUCCGCCCCACCACGGCAUCUUCGGCUACCAUCAGGCUUCAGAGUGCAGAGCUGUUUCAUCCUAUGUUCAUCAGGCUUCAUAGUGGUUUGCUGCUUCAUCUCCUGCAAAUAUCAGGCUUCAGAGUGCAGUCCAUCUURGUCUCCUGUGAUCAUCAGACUUCAGAGUACAACUCAGCUUCCAUUCUGGUGGUAACCRUUAUGCUUCAGAGUGCAGCACUACCUCAGAACUUUGCAUUGUGCUGCAGGCUUCAACGGAAAGUAAGGUCAGAGGGAGUAAAUAUAAAGCAAAAUCCCCUGCAAUUAACAUUUAUUAAAAUAGCAUCCUGUAAAGAAAGUGGUGCAUUUAAGUGAAAUUGAACAUUCAUAAGUAUCCAACUGUGCUAUGAGAACAAAACAAAACUGCAUUUAGCAUUAUUGAAAUUAAUCUGCUGACAUUAGAAUUUGCCUUUAAGGUCUUGUUUAUUGCUGUUCAAGGUAUUUAAAGUGUUUUACUGGGUUAUUCUAUUAUGACAACUUGUUGUUCUAAAUAACAUUGUAUUUUGAAAGUUUUGAUAUUUUGAAAGCCUAAACCAUGUCAGAUCACAGUGAAGUAUCCAAUGUUGAUCCUGAAAAAGACUUMUUACUUGAGGCCACCCCAUCAGAAAGGGAGAGGGCAGGUUCCGACAUGGAAGAUAACAAUGAAACACGUGAGCAUCCUCCUAAGGACUUUAUUCCAACAGUGUCAAAUACAGACAACACACGAAAAUCCACUCGUAACAYACGACUCACACCAAAAAUGCAAGAGCUGAAAGAGCAAGAAUUGACACAAAAAGAAAGAAAGUUCCAGUCAACUUAUGAAAAAUGGAAAACUCAAGUAAAAGAAGCUAGAAAAAGGCUGAAGAUUGUGUGCUCUGAAAGAGAGAUUUUUGACAUGAUGGAUGAGAUUGAAAGGCUUGAACAUGAGCUAAAGGAGCAGUACAACAAGCUACGACUUCAGGCAACACCAAGUCAAGAGAUUCGCAGAAAAAUUGAUGCUUGCUCAGCUGUYAARGCAGACCUAUUGGGGUUGAUGAAYGUGCGUGUAACAGAAGAUGUAGAGGAGUUUGAUGCUGAAGCAGAAAAUGCUAGGCUACACAUGCUGCUAGACUGUGAAUAUGCUAAAUCUAUCUAUGGAUCCACAGCCUCCAGAGCCUCCGUCGUCAGCAGCUGUUCCAAACAACCUUCUGAAUCACCAAGUAUCUCAGCCAAAAGAGCAYAAACAGCUGCACAACUAGCAGCUAAAAGAGCUGAGAUUAAAAUGGAAGCAAAGAUUGUUGCACAGCGACAAAAUCUAAAGAGACUUGAAAACCAAAGAGACAUUGAGAUAAUUGAAGCAAGGCUCAGAGUCUACUCUGAAGAAGAGUCAAAGGAAAAGAAAGAGAGAUUCAGCCCCKCUCACAGCGACAAGUUUCCCCUUUCACCCAAUGAUGAAACAGUGUGUCAAAAGGAGCAGACUUUGAGAACRGAAGCAGCCUUGGUACAAACUUUACAUGAAUCAAUAGCUCUCACUCGUCUUCCUGUUCCAGAACCUUCUGUGUUUUCAGGUGAUCCAUUAAAGUUUACUGAGUGGAGCACCAGCUUCAAAGCUCUUARAGAGAGACGAUGUUCAAGUCCUGCAGAUAGACUCUUCUACUUACAGCGGUAUGUAACUGGAGAAGCGAGGUCUGCGCUAGAGGGCAGCUUUUAUAGGAAGGAUGAAGAAGCUUAUCAGCAGGCUUGGGACAAGCUCAACGCCAGAUAUGGACAUUCCUUUGUGGUACAAAGAGCCUUUAGAGAGAAGCUUAACAAGUGGCCAAAGAUUGGUGGUAAAGAAUAUGUCAGACUGAGAGAGUUCAGRGACUUUCUGCAAACAUGCAGCAAUGCCAUGCCUCAUGUCCAAGGYCUCCAGGUGCUGAAUGACUGUAAAGAGAAUCAGAAAAUGCUGACAAAACUUCCAGAUUGGGUAACCUCAAGGUGGAACCGUUACGUUACAGAGCAGUUGGAUCAAGCUAAGGAUUAUCCCAGCUUUAAAGAGUUUGCUUCAUUCAUCUCAAAGGAAGCACGAAUAGCAUGCAAUCCAGUGUCAUCCCUGUAUGCUUUGAAGAACCCAGAGGAYAAGUCAUUCAGAGAAACCAAACGUCCAAAGGCCAACAAUUUUGCUACUGACAUGAAACACUCUGAUUCAUCAAGCACAGUCGGCAAACUAAACAAGAUGGCAGAGAUCAAGGUGAAAGACUCAGAUAAACAAGAAAGGUCAAGCAUGCCAACAAAUUACUCAAGCCCUGUCAUGUGUAUGUGCUGUGGAGAAAGUCACUCCAUGCACAAGUGUCAAAAACUUUCAGAAAAAACUGCAGAGGAAAAGAAAAUGUUUGUCCAAGAAAAUAAGCUGCGCUUUGCAUGUCAGAGGAGAGGUCAUAACUCGAAGAACUGUAAGAACAAAGCCACGUGCGGCAUAUGCAAAGGAAGACACCCCACACCCUUGCAUGAAGACCGCCCUCCAUCAGACAAACCUUGUCCUCAGAGAACUUUACAUGCUGAGGAAAACGUCUUCGCUGUCAUGCUGUGUAAGUGGAAGUGAAGGAGAAAGCACGUCCAUGAUUGUUCCAGUUUGGAUCUCUUCASAUAACUCUCAUAAUCCUGAAAUCCUAGUGUAUGCAUUAUUGGAUACGCAAAGCAGCCACACGUUUGUUGAUCAGGAAGUAUGCGAGCGGCUGCAGGUGGUAGCUGAACC